UAAAUAUACGUUUCUACGUUUCUUUUUGUGCUUCGUGGUUUUUUUGUUGUUGUAAAAAGAAAAUAGACUAACGACUAAAACAAGUUGUUUAUUAUUAAUUUGUAUAAUUUUUGUAAAAUAAAUUCUAAUAAUGACUGCCACUCAGCAGAAAACAAAAUGUAUAACUUUGAAGGGUUCUGCUGAAUUAGUGAAGCAAUAUUUAACCUACGGAAUUAACAGCAUACUCUAUCAACGUGGAAUUUAUCCUCCUGAAACUUUUGAACCAUUGGAACGUUUCGGUAUAUUCUUUCUAAUGUCAGUUGAUGAGAAAAUAAAAACUUUCUUAGAAACUGUUCUUGGUCAAGUUCAAGAGUGGUUGGAGAAGAGAAAAAUUCAUAAAAUUGCAUUGGUCAUUACGAAUGUUAAUACAAAAGAAGUUUUAGAAAAAUGGGAAUUUAAAGUGGAAUAUGAAAAUGAAGUACCAAAUGGUUCUGACAAUAAUGGAGAAGGUGGGAAAUUACCUGCAAUUGGAACCAAAGACAUAGCUACAAUUCAAAAAGAAAUUCGAGAAGUUAUUCGUCAAAUUACCGGGACAGUAAGUUUUCUUCCCUUAUUGGAUUGUCCAUGCUCCUUUGAUAUUUUAACUUACACUGUUGCGGACUGUGGAAUUCCAAAAGAAUGGGAUGAAACUCAACCUGCCUUUAUUGCAAACAGUCAAGAAGUUCAACUGAGAACAUUUUCCACGUCUAUUCAUAAAAUGGAAACAAUUGUCAGUUAUAAAAGUUGUUAAAUAGUUGAAAGUGAUACAAUUCUUUUUUUUUUUUUUUUUCAUUUGGGAAACAUUCGAAUAACCAAUUGUACAUAUAAACUUGUGUUUGAAACCUAUCAUGUGAGAUGCAACAAUUUUUUUUUAGUAUUUAUUGAAUAAUUUGAACAGUCUGUAAACUAAAUGAAAUGAAUUACAUUUUUUUGACAAAAAAAAGAACUUUUUUCUUCUUAAGUCAAGUUAUAUUAGAGACAUGCCAAAUAUUCUAAGAAUUGAGAUUGUAAAGACUGUUUAAGUAAAUAAAGAACCAUUUUUAUCUUUUUUAAACAAA